CCCACUAUAUCGCGAGAGACUGACUGGAACAGGAGGCAGAGAAUUAUUCAUAAUCUUAUAACAACAAGAGAGCAGUAUACAGUCGUCAUAAACCAAUGUAAUAGCUACCACAAGAUUAAGUAACACCUUCACGGUUAUGUGAUCUAAAACGUAAGAUGAAGUAAAACAGUGGGAUAAGAACUGAUAUUCAAGGGAAUACUGGCUUCUUAGCUAUACGGCUAGCUAUGUAGCUACCUAGCUACCUAUAUUUACAAUAUAGCGAAGCAAUUGACGUAUAGUAGCGCUAGGUUAGCUAGCUAGCAAGCAAGCUAUAUGAACUAGGUUCCGUGGCUCGAUCAGUUUAUUUGCGCAGGUUCUCUUUCGAUUUCAAAUGCCGACUAUUUUGAGCAAGAAGGUAGGUUAAGCCAUCCCAGAAAACAAGAAAGGCACCGAUCUCGAGUUACACACGGACCCGAAAAUGGCCAUGGAUCCACUCUUCUGGUUGCUUGUAGGGCCUUGAAGAAACGAGACUACCAAAGAACGAAUACACUUCUCAUCAGCUUCACUCCUCAUUCAACACUACCGCUCCAUCAUUCUUUUGAUAUAUUUUGAAGUUGCUCGGCAUGCAGAUGUCUGUAUUUAAAUCAUCAAGUGCUGCUUCAUGCAGAGUGCACCAACUAUUCUAGAGCACCUUUGUUAUCUAAGAGUUCAGUCUUUUUUAUCUUUAAAUGGGGGGAGACUAUCGUUACACAUUGUUUGGUCCAUUACUUUUCCCAGACUUACUAGCUGUAUAAAACUUUACCUGAUGAACAGACCUAGCGGCCACCUCUACAAUCGCUUGAUCCUUGAUUGGAAGGCUUCAGUGAUUAGUUUUCACAUCACUGUGACUCAUUUGCUCAUUUAGCCAAAUAUGAACGGCUCCUUGUUAACCCCACCCAGCCCACGGGCUGCAGCGAGCUCCUCCCCUCUUCCACCCUCCCCCUCCCCCUCCCCCUCCCCUCCCUCUCCUUCACUGUUGCCCCUUUCUCCACGACCUCCACCGUUGCCCCCUCCGACCUCUGCUGGCCAGCCGCUGUCUUCUCUAUCAGACACCCCCACCCCCUCGCCCUCUCCCUGCCUUAGCUGGACCGAGUUCUGUGAGCUCCAUGCCCGGGUAGCGGCUGGCGAUUUUGCCCGUCACUUCCGUGCUUUUCUGCUGGAGAACCCGCAUUACUCCUCUGAUUCUGCUGCUGCGUUCUGCCGCCGCUUCACGGACCGAUUCGUUCAACACUUUGAGAGCGAACUUGAGGGAAGCGGCACAGGGAGGGAGGGCACUGGGAGCUGGGUCGCCCAAUCAGAUGGUACGUCAUUGGAAGAGGAGGCAACGUCUCCGCCCCUAAUGCCGUCUGAGGCUGCUGGCCCCUGCCUACCCACUCAUGUACGGGCUCCGCCCAAACCCUUGCCAGCUAGAAAGGGAUUGGAUGGCCAAGGUGGCGAGAGGUUACAGAACCCUGCAGUUUUUCAGGACUCGUACACUCACACGCAAAUUCUGCCCCCUUCUUCUUCAUCGUCUUGCUCAUCCUCGAUGGGUGGGAACAAUGGGCGGAGGGAAGAGAGGGCGUUGACGGUUAAGCAGUAUCCCAACAUCUUGCCCGGCAACGGAGACAUGGAAGAAGAAGAGGACGGCUGGGUGGGGCCUGUGACGGGAGAGGAGGCGGAGUCAGAUGAGCUGGCAGGAAGAGAUGGAGAGGUGGAGAGUGGGGCUCUCACAGACGGAGCUGACGGCAGCCAGACUCCCACAAGCCCCUCCGGUAUACAGCUGCACUGUGGCUCUAAGGGCGUGAGCAGUGUGGUGGCAGGGGGCCCCUCCAAAACAAAGCUGAAGAAGCGCUUCUCCCUGCGCAGCGUGGGCCGUAGCGUGCGGGGCAGCGUGCGGGGCAUCCUGCACUGGCGCAGUUCCUCCAGCGAGUCCCCACAGAGCUGCAGCCCCGCCGGGCCGGCGCAGCUGCCCUCCAGCUACAGCUACACUACAGGCCUUCAGGACGGCAAGAGGAGCUCAGCCUCACAGGUCAUCCCGGCCUCCCUCCCCGUUUCCCUUUCCCUACCCCUCUCUCUCCCCCACUCGUCCUCCUCCUCCCUGCCCCCCUCCUCGUCCAGCAGCGCCACAUCCCUCUCGCUCUCUGAAGCGCGCGACCGCAGGAGAAGCAACGGGGAAGGGGAGAAGGAGAAAUGGAGCCACCGGCUGGAGAAGCUGCGGCUGUCCCGCUCGCCGCCCCCCACACAUCCCAUCUCUGUGGGGCCCUCCUCCGCCCCGCUGCCCUCAGCCCUGCCCCCGAGCAGUGCGGGGGUCUCCAGGAAGACAGGCAGGCUCGUCCGCGAGGGCGGAGUCACCGUCUGUUCUUCCUCAGAUGACUUUCCCACCUCUCACAGCUUUUCAGGCUUUUCCUUCGGACUGCUCCACCACAGCACAGACAACAACAACGCAACCUCGGGAUCCACCGUCGGACAGCUAAGUGCUGUGCAGCCUCCGACCACAGGGGGAGCCAUAGGUGGACGUGGCACUCGCUGGCACAAGUGUCGUCUGGUUCUAAAGGAGCGAGACAAAGAAGGAGAGAGAGGGGAGGAAUAUUUCUUGGAGUUCUACAUCCCUCCCAAGUCUUCUAAGGCCAGACUAACUGUGCUGUGCUGCUCCAUCGUGGAUGUGAGGAGCACCACUGCUCUCGAGGUGCCUGACAAGGAGAACACCUUCCUGCUGCAGCUGGACGGGCAGGUCCAGUAUGUGGUCGAGACCAGAGAUGCAGUUCAGAUGAGAGCCUGGCUGAGUGACAUCAGGAACGGCAUCUGCCUGAGUGAGCAAGAAGAGGUUGAGGGAGUGUGUGGCGGUGUGCAGACCGACCUCAGCGGAACGCCGGAGUUCAGCGACCGUCUCUCUCAAGUGUGUUAUGGAGGGAUGGGUGGUUCUCCACUGCUGGAACCUCUGCCUCCUGAAUUGCCGCCCCGUGCUCCUCUCGACGAAUCCGACAGUCGUGUGCUCGGUGGGGGUGGAGCCAGUCUUGGCACACCAUUUGCAGAGACCCCUGAUGCUACAGGUUCCUUCCUGUUCUCGGAGGGCUCAGCAGCUGAGCCGGCAGAGCACCCCCUGAGCGAAUGCCAGUGGUUCCACGGCACUCUCUCACGCCUGAAGGCCGCCCAGCUGGUGCUGGCGGGAGGCAUGGCCAGCCAUGGAGUCUUCCUGGUGCGGCAGAGCGAGACACGGCGCGGAGAGUAUGUCCUCACCUUCAACUUCCAGGGCAAAGCAAAGCACUUGCGUCUCUCCCUGAACGAGGAUGGCCAGUGUCGCGUGCAGCAUCUUUGGUUCCAGUCCAUCUUUGACAUGCUGGAGCACUUCCGCGUGCACCCCAUCCCGCUGGAGUCCGGGGGCGCAUCUGACGUCACCCUCAUCAGCUUUGUGGGGGCCACGGCUGUCCGGCAGCCAGACUUGACCAGCAGACCCCGUAGCCCCCCUCAGCCCCCACCACCACCACUCCCUCCCGGACGCCCGCCUCCACCCACACCUCCGCAGGAGCGAGGCAGCGACGCAGAGCUCGCAGGCGGAGGGGGCAGCGGGCCGGAAGAGUGUGAGGAGCGCGAGAGGGACACGCCCCUACGACAGCUGGAAGGAGGCGUGGAGGGCGAGGAGAGGGAGGGAGGCCGGGCGAGGGCUAUCGACAACCAGUACUCCUUCUUCUGAGGAGCAGGAGGAGAGCCAGUCACAAUCAGUAUUUGUCACUUCAUAGGAAGAACAUGGGGGGGGGGG